UCCUCCUGGUCGCUGGUGAUCGCUAACCUCCUGGCCGCCCCCCGCCCCUUUCCCCCGCUCGUCCGAAGCGCAGGAGAUGGAAGUUUUUUCCUUCGCUUUGCUGGUGGCCGUGUGCGGGACUCGAACCUGGGAAGCGGCGCUGGCGGAUUCGAUCAUUCACAUCGGGGCAAUAUUUGAUGAAUCUGCAAAAAAAGAUGAGGAGGUGUUUCGCAUGGCAGUUUCUGACCUCAACCAUAAUGAUGAAAUCUUACAGACCGAGAAAAUCACAAUUUCUGUGAAUUUUGUGGAUGGCAACAACCCGUUUCAGGCAGUUCAAGAAGCCUGUGACCUUAUGAACCAUGGCAUCUUGGCUCUUGUCAGCUCCAUUGGCUGUACGUCAGCGGGAUCUCUCCAGUCCUUGGCAGAUGCUAUGCACAUCCCUCACCUUUUCAUCCAGCGAUCAACAGCUGGGACUCCGAGAAGCGGCUGUGGGACCACCAGGAGCAACCGGAAUGAUGACUACACACUCUUUGUCCGUCCACCUGUCUACAUCAACGAUGUCAUCUUGAGGGUGGUCACAGAAUAUGCCUGGCAGAAAUUCAUCAUCUUCUACGAUAGCGAGUACGAUAUCCGUGGAAUACAAGAGUUUUUGGACAAAGUAUCUCAGCAGGGAAUGGAUGUAGCGCUACAGAAAGUAGAGAACAACAUCAAUAAAAUGAUCACAGGGCUCUUUGCCACCAUGCGGAUUGAAGAACUGAACCGCUACCGGGAUACUCUGAGAAGGGCCAUUCUGGUAAUGAACCCAUCAACGGCCAAGUCUUUCAUUGCCGAGGUUGUGGAAGCCAAUUUGGUUGCUUUUGACUGUCACUGGAUCAUUAUAAAUGAGGAAAUCAAUGAUGCGGACGUGCAGGACCUGGUGAGAAAGUCGAUUGGAAGGUUAACGCUUAUUCGGCAGUCCUUUCCUGUGCCACAGAACAUAAGUCAGCGAUGCUUUCGUGGGACCCACCGAAUAUCUUCAUCACUCUGUGAUCCUAAAGACCCUUUCUCCCAAAAUAUGGAGAUUACCAACCUCUACAUCUACGAUACUGUGCUUUUGCUUGCAAAUGCUUUCCACAAGAAGCUGGAGGACCGAAAGUGGCACAGCAUGGCUAGCCUGACGUGCAUUAGGAAGAACUCGAAACCGUGGCAAGGAGGAAGAUCCAUGUUGGAUACAAUCAAGAAGGGAGGAGUGAAUGGCUUGACAGGAGAGCUGGAAUUUGCAGACAAUGGGAAGAAUCCUAAUGUUCUCUUUGAAAUCCUGGGGACCAACUAUGGGGAAGAACUCAGUAGAGGCAUCCGCAAGCUGGGCUGCUGGAAUCCUGUCACCGGUCUCAAUGGUUCAUUAACAGACAGAAGGCUGGAGAACAACAUGCGUGGUGUGGUCCUUCGGGUAGUGACAGUGUUGGAGGAGCCCUUUGUAAUGGUGUCAGAAAAUGUUUUGGGGAAGCCAAAGAAAUACCAAGGCUUUUCGAUAGAUGUCCUGGAAUCCUUAUCCACUUACCUUGGCUUCACGUAUGAAAUUUAUGUUGCGCCAGACCACAAGUAUGGACGCCCCCAGGAGAAUGGGACCUGGAAUGGACUGAUAGGAGAACUCGUAUUUAAGAGAGCUGAUAUAGGCAUUUCUGCAUUAACCAUCACCCCAGAUCGGGAAAAUGUGGUUGAUUUUACCACCCGUUACAUGGAUUACUCUGUGGGUGUGCUGCUUCAGAAAGCUGAAAAGACAAUGGACAUGUUUGCCUGUUUGGCCCCAUUUGACCUCUCCCUCUGGGCCUGCAUAGCUGGCACGGUGCUGUUGGUAGGACUUUUGGUAUACCUCCUAAAUUGGCUCAAUCCGCCACGUCUGCAAAUGGGAUCAAUGACUUCAACAACUCUCUACAACUCCAUGUGGUUUGUCUAUGGAUCCUUCGUGCAGCAAGGAGGAGAGGUUCCCUAUACAACGUUGGCAACACGGAUGAUGAUGGGCGCCUGGUGGCUCUUCGCCUUGAUUGUCAUCUCAUCCUAUACGGCAAAUCUAGCAGCUUUUCUCACCAUCACUCGUAUUGAGAACUCCAUCCAGUCUCUUCAGGAUCUCUCCAGGCAGACUGAUAUUCCUUAUGGCACUGUUUUGGAUUCUGCGGUCUAUGAGCAUGUCCGGGUGAAAGGCAUGAACCCUUUUGAGAAGAACAACAUGUAUUCCAAACUGUGGCAGAUGAUUAACCGAAGUAACGGGUCCGAGAAUAAUGUGCAGGAAUCCCAAGCAGGCAUUCAAAAGGUCAAAUAUGGGAAUUAUGCCUUCGUAUGGGAUGCAGCAGUUUUGGAAUAUGUUGCUCUGAAUGACCCAGAUUGUUCCUUCUAUACUGUUGGAAAUACAAUUGCAGAUCGAGGGUAUGGAAUUGCCCUUCAACAUGGUAGUCCCUACAGAGAUGUAUUCUCACAAAGGAUUCUAGAACUUCAGCAGAACGGACACAUGGAUCUACUGAAGCAUAAGUGGUGGCCAAAGAAUGGCCAGUGUGACCUGUACUCCUCUGUGGACCCCAAAUAUAAAGGAGGAGCUUUGGACAUAAAGAGCUUUGCAGGUGUAUUUUGCAUACUGGCAGCUGGGAUUGUUCUCUCCUGUUUAAUUGCAAUGUUGGAAACAUGGUGGAAUAAAAGAAAAGGCUCACGGGUUCCUUCAAAAGAGGAUGACAAAGAAAUUGAUCUGGAGCAUCUCCAUAGACGUGUGAACAGCCUCUGCACAGAUGACGAGAGCCCCCAUAAACAGUUUUCCACCUCAUCCAUUGACUUGACUCCCCUGGACAUUGACACUUUGCCCACGCGCCAGGCGCUCGAGCAGAUCAGUGACUUCAGGAACACUCAUAUCACUACCACAACCUUCAUCCCAGAACAGAUCCAGACUCUUAGUCGCACACUUUCAGCUAAAGCUGCUUCUGGAUUCUCUUUCGGCAGUGUGCCUGAACACCGGACUGGCCCUUUUAGGCACAGGGCUCCGAAUGGGGGCUUUUUCAGAAGUCCUAUCAAAACAAUGUCCUCAAUUCCAUAUCAACCGACUCCAACCUUAGGGCUCAACAUCGGUAACGACCCAGACCGGGGCACCUCCAUAUAAAGCUUCAGACAUUGUUUUGUCACUGUUUCUUUUUAGGACUCCCUUUGCAAGGAGCAGCUGUGAUAUUGUGGGACUAACAUGGAUGUAACUUUUUAAAAAGAAAUCAGGAGUAUUAGUAACAACUCACUAUCCUUUCCUCUUCCCCUCCUCUUUUUCGCUUUCUCUCUUAUACUACUUGAGGCCAUGAUUUUCAGCCCAGCUCCUCUAGAGUAGCUCACUGGCUAAACUGGUGCAACUUUGAUGUAAGUGCUCUCUAGAAUGUAUUAUGGCCCUGCAACUCUGCCUCCAUCAAACCAACUCAUUAUGGCCAGUGGGAUUACUCUGAAGUAUGUGCAACCUGAGCCACUACUGAAAAACUACCCUGCCGAUUUCCUAAUAUUUUGUUAAUAUGCAUUUCAUAAACUGAGUCUGUAUCAAAGAUUUGGCGUUGCUUCACUCAAAGACGUUUGUAUUGUUUCUCCUUUAGGUUUUGAUAAAUUGCAAUAACUUUGAUCUUUUCUCUGUGUUCUGCUGCAUCCAUUCUGUGCUUCACUGCUACCGUGUGUCCUUUUAACUGUGGACCAAAGGCAAACCUUGCAGUUUUUACAGGGGGUAAAAAUGAGAGAAAGGGGAAAGAGAAGGGAGAGACCAUUCAGGCCACCUAAUAUGAGGAUGCAAUUUUGUAGGAUUUCAAGAAGCCAUUGCUAUGCCAGUGAAGACUAUGGUUAAAUCUCCUUUUUGCACUGCAACAGUGCAUAUGACCUUUAUGUGAUUGUACAGUGUUUAAAAGGUUUUUUCUUAUGUACAGUGAACUGUAUCAUAUGGCAGAAUCCUCUGUUCUGUUGAAUAAAUUAGUCUCUCAU